AUGUUCUCCAGGAACCGCAUCAGCGGGCAGGAUGGAACGGGCAUUCUUCAGCACAAGAGGUCCAAGAAGAAAGACAUGGCCAAGAAGAGGACGCAGAGCUCCAAAGUGGCCCAGGGACUCCGGAGCAAGAUCCAGAAGUUUCUCCAGGGAACCGGUGAACACUCGGCGCACGACUCCCGCUGCUCGCCUGUGGAGAUCGAGAGGGACAUGUUUGUCUGCGGGAUCAAGAGGGACCCCUCCAGCAGUGAAUUCUCUUCCCUGCGGGUCCCCAACGGUCAGACCAAUGCCGUGGCUCCCGUUGCGUCCUGUGUAGGGGAGGUCGAGCUGAACCGAGAGGGCUACAUUAAGAUCCCUUGCACCGUGCAAAAAAAUGGCCUUAAACCGGAUCACUCAGCUUCAGAUGAGAACAGCCCUGGUGUUGCUGAAGGGUUAGAUGAAGAGGAGGCCCUUGGAAAGGUGCAGAGUCCCACCAGUGAAGCGGAAUCAUUGGUCUCCCCAUUAAACAGUGCCAUAGAGGAGGUUGAUGAGGUUGAGGAGGAGGAGGAUGAGGAAGAGGAGGAAGAGGAGACUAGCGAUAUUGUCGGCCACAUCCUGAAAGAGCUGCGGGGGAUCAACAAGAUCCAAGAGGAGAUCUCUGACCUGCGGCAGUACCUGACCUCCGUAAGGGGCUCUGUGGAUGAGGUGUCCAGCUGCGUGGAUGCGGUGCUGUCGGAAAUCGAGGGGCUCCGCUCGGGGGCUUCGGCUGGGCCCUCCCGUCCCCAGAGACCCAGUAGCCACUGUGGCAGCCUGAGUCGGGAGGACGUCCCCGCAGCAGCCGUGCGGAUGAUCAGCAGCUCCCUGUCGCAGUACUACAUGUGGGAUGAAGACGGCAAGACCCAGCCAAGCCAGCUCAGAAAGCCCGGCCCUGCCUACCAGGCAGCCUCUAUGACCUCCUCCACCGGCGAACCAUCCAGUUCUGAUAUUUGCGAGCCGGGGGAGCAGGACAUGUCCGACCAGAGCUCUGAUCUGCCUUGUCUGGUUGUAAGAAAAUCCAGCUUUGGCUACUUAGAGCGACAGGACGGCCAGGACUGCCCCAGCACCAGUUCGCUCUCUUCGGGCCACAGCUCAAAAUCCAAUGGGUCCGACACCGAGAAGCAAGGCGGGUUUCGCUCCGGGCGGGAUCACCUGAGACCCAACGGCUGGGCGGCGGCAGGCAUGCAGCACAGUGUGAGCGGGGAGGCGGGAUGGAGCGAGGAGGAUGGAUACUCCCGGCAAAACAGCAUAGAGGAGGGUGAGAAUUUUGGGGAUCCAGACAACUGGGACCAGUAUGGAGGUGGUGAGACCAGCAGCACCCCUGGCCAGUCCUCGCUGAGCAGCUCUGAGCACCUCUCUUUGCUGUUCGGCCGUCACUACAACUCGCCCUCCAGCUCGUCCAGCCUGGCAGACUGGAGGGCCGGGAGGCCCACUCCGGACGAGUUGGAGAUAGCUGCCAACGGGCAUGCGCUGACCCCCAACCUCGAGUGCGAAUGCACGGCCAGCUGCCCGUACUCCCGCAGCUCCGGGUACCACACCGCGGAGGCGUACGCGGAUGAGCUCGGGAGCGCCCCCUCUGGGAGCAUCAGCCACAACUCCACCAUUGUCUUUACUGACUGUGAAGACUACUGCCAGGAGGUGUGCUCGUCCUGCGAGCUCUGUCCCACUGCGGACACCCUGGACACAGGCUCGGCGGAGAGCGAGGAUAGAGAGUGGGUGGAGCCAGUAGGGCCCGACGAGGAGGAUGGCCUCCUCUUCGAUGCUGACUCGUCUGGCAUGGAGUCUGGAAACGCAGGCGUCCCCAAUGUGGGCUUCAAUGUCAAGACCAUUGGGAAAGCUGUGCUGACCUUCAAAACAGCCUUAAAGGGGGCUCUCAAAAAGCUGGAGGGGACUGGCCCCCAGGGUCCUGAGGACGAAAACGAGGUCCAAAUCCUGGGGAGUCCCGGCAGGCACCCAGCUGAACCACCCUGGGUGGAGUCCACCCUGGGGGACACGGAGGGUGACGUGAGUUUGGCCUCAGACCAUUGCCCCUCUGAGUUACAGGGUGAGGCAUGUAGCAACAUUUCUCUCAGUCUGGACCAUGGCCUGCCCCAGGAAGAAGCCACGGACAAACCUCUCUUUGGCCCAGCUCCGGCUGAGAGCCAGGGCUCCCCUAACGGAGCCGCCUCUCUCCGCACCCUCACAGGGUCCCCCUCAAUCGGGGACCACCCCGUUGCAGGAGAACCUCCACCAGACGAGGAGCGCCCCAAUACAGAAUGUACCUCUGAGCUCAGCCCCGGGAAGGCAGAACUCUGCCAGCAGGAGGCGCGCCGGCUAAAGUGCCUCAACAACUUCCAGCGAGUGCUGAGGGAGAAGAAGCUGGUGCACCGGAAACUCUCCCAGAUGGCUGAAGCGUCCAAGUCCAUCUACUCUGAGGAGGAGUUCAAUCCAGAGGGCAGUAGAGAAGAUGACCAGGUUACCCUCGCGAGUACCCCCAUUGACGUCCCCCCGUUUUGCAUUGUGGCAUCACUCUUGCUGUGUCUCUGCAUGUGGCUCGGCAUGUCCGUGUUUGACGGCCGAGAGGACGGUGACAAUGGCAAACAGGCUUGGGUCAAGUCUGGAGGGGGCGGUCUCUUUGGGAUUGACAGCAUGCCGGACCUCCGCAAGAAGAAGCCCAUCCCCCUGGUCAGCGAUCUGGCUAUGUCCCUGGUCCAGUCCAGAAAGGCUGGGAUCACGUCUGCCAUGGCCACGCGUUCCUCCAUCAAGGACGAGGAGCUGAAGAACCACGUCUACAAGAAAACCCUGCAGGCUCUGAUCUACCCCAUCUCCUGCACUACGCCCCACAACUUCGAGGUGUGGACGGCCACCACGCCCACCUACUGCUAUGAGUGUGAGGGCCUGUUGUGGGGCAUCGCCCGGCAGGGCAUGAGGUGCUCCGAGUGCGGGGUCAAGUGCCACGAGAAGUGCCAGGACCUGCUCAAUGCCGACUGCCUGCAACGUGCGGCAGAAAAGAGCUCCAAGCAUGGGGCGGAGGACCGCACCCAGAACAUCAUCAUGGCCAUGAAAGACCGCAUGAAGAUCCGCGAAAGGAACAAGCCCGAGAUCUUUGACAUGAUCCGUGAUGUCUUUGGCAUCAGCAAGGUCAUCCACGCCCAGCAGAUGAAGACCAUCAAGCAGAGUGUACUGGAUGGCACCUCCAAGUGGUCGGCCAAGAUUACCAUCACUGUGCUUUGUGCCCAGGGGCUGCAAGCCAAGGACAAGACAGGCUCCAGCGACCCGUAUGUGACAGUCCAGGUGGGCAAGACCAAGAAGAGGACCAAGACCAUCUACGGAAACCUCAACCCAGUCUGGGAGGAGAAGUUUCAUUUCGAGUGCCACAACUCCUCAGACCGGAUCAAGGUGCGCGUGUGGGACGAGGACGAUGACAUCAAGUCGCGGGUGAAGCAGAGGCUGAAGCGCGAGUCGGACGACUUCCUGGGCCAGAGCAUCAUCGAGGUCCGCACACUGAGCGGAGAGAUGGACGUCUGGUACAACCUCGAGAAGAGAACAGACAAGUCUGCAGUGUCGGGGGCCAUCCGGCUCCAGAUCAGUGUGGAGAUCAAGGGCGAGGAGAAGGUGGCCCCGUACCAUGUUCAGUACACCUGUCUGCAUGAGAACCUGUUCCACCACACGACGGACGUCAUGGGACAGGGUGCGGUCAAGAUCCCGGACGCCCGCGGCGACGACGCCUGGAAGGUGUACUUCGACGAGGUGGCGCAGGAGGUUGUGGACGAGUUCGCCAUGCGCUACGGGAUCGAGUCCAUCUACCAGGCCAUGACACACUUUGCCUGUCUUUCCUCCAAGUACAUGUGUCCGGGCGUUCCUGCGGUGAUGAGCACCCUGCUAGCCAAUAUCAAUGCCUUCUACGCCCACACCACUGCCUCCACCAACGUGUCUGCCAGCGACCGCUUUGCCGCCUCCAACUUUGGGAAAGAGCGGUUUGUUAAGCUCCUGGAUCAGCUGCACAAUUCUCUACGCAUCGACCUCUCCACGUACCGGAAUAACUUCCCGGCCAGCAGUAAGGAACGUCUGCAGGACCUGAAGUCCACCGUGGACCUCCUGACCAGCAUCACCUUCUUCAGGAUGAAGGUCCAGGAACUGCAGAGCCCACCCAGGGCGAGCCAGGUGGUGCGUGACUGUGUGAAGGCCUGUCUGAACUCCACCUAUGAGUACAUCUUCAACAACUGCCAGGAGCUCUACAGCCGCCAGUACCAGCCAGCAGACGCGAACAAAGAGGAGCUGCCCUUGGAAGAACAGGGCCCCAGCAUCAAGAACCUGGACUUCUGGCCCAAACUCAUUACCCUCAUCGUGUCCAUCAUUGAGGAGGACAGGAACUCCUACACUCCGGUUCUCAACCAGUUCCCCCAGGAGCUGAACGUGGGGAAGGUCUGUGCCGAGGUCAUGUGGACACUGUUUGCUCUGGACAUGAAGUACGCCAUGGAAGAGCACGAGAAGCACAAACUGUGUAAGAGCGCUGACUACAUGAACCUGCACUUCAAGGUGAAGUGGCUGUACAACGAGUACGUCAAGGACCUGCCUGCCUUCAAAGGUGUCAUCCCGGACUACCCGGCGUGGUUUUUGCAGUUUGUCCUGCAGUGGUUGGAUGAAAACGAGGAUGUUUCCAUGGAGUUUAUGCACGGAGCCCUGGAGAGAGACAAAAAGGAUGGAUUCCAGCAGACCUCGGAGCAUGCUCUCUUCUCCUGCUCUGUGGUGGAUGUCUUCACCCAGCUGAACCAGAGCUUUGAGAUCAUCAAAAAACUGGAUUGCCCCGACCCCAAAGUCAUGGCCCACUACAGCCGCCGAUUUGCCAAGACCAUCUCCAAAGUGCUGUUGCAGUACUGUGCCAUUCUGACCAAGAGCUUCCCCUCUUACUGCGACAAGGAGAAGAUUCCCUGCGUGCUCAUGAACAAUGUCCAACAGCUACGUGUCCAACUGGAGAAGAUGUUCGAGUCCAUGGGUGCCAAACAGCUGGACCCUGAGGCCAGCGACCUCCUGAACGAGCUGCAGGUGAAGCUCAACAAUGUGCUGGACGAGCUGAGCGCUACGUUCGGGAACAGUUUCCAGAGCCGAAUCGACGACUGCAUGAGGCAGAUGGCUGACCUCCUGUACCAGAUCAAGGGCCCCGUCAACGCCAACAGCCGCAACACGGUGGAGGCCGACUCUGACAACGUGCUCCGGCCACUCAUGGACUUCCUAGAUGGAAACCUGAUGCUGUUUGCCACAGUCUGUGAGAAGACAGUGCUGAAGCGUGUCCUGAAGGAGCUGUGGAGGAUCGUCAUGAACAGUCUGGAGAAGACCAUCGUCCUGCCACAGAGCAGCGACACCUCCGGAGCCCAGAUGAUCCUCACUGCAGCCAAGGACCUAGGACAGCUGUCCAAACUCAAGGAUCACAUGGUAUCAGGUGAGGCGAAGAGCCUGACGCCCAAGCAGUGCGCAGUCAUGGACGUGGCACUAGACACAAUAAAGCAAUACUUCCACGCGGGCGGGAACGGGCUGAAGAAGGCCUUCCUGGAGAAGAGCCAGGAGCUGUCCUCUCUGCGCUACGCCCUGUCCCUCUACACACAGACCACCGACACCCUGAUCCGCAACUUCGUCACCACCCAGCACGCCCAGGUGCACAAUGGAAGGGGUAUAAGGUUUACGGCUAGCGAGAAAAUCCAGCCAACCCGGGGUUCGGGAGUGGACAAACCUGUUGGAGAGGUGUCCAUACAGGUGGAUCUCUUUACUCACCCUGGAACAGGGGAACACAAGGUCACAGUAAAAGUUGUGGCAGCAAAUGACCUCAAGUGGCAGACCUCCGGAAUGUUCCGGCCCUUCGUGGAGAUCACCAUGAUCGGACCCCACCUCAGCGACAAAAAGCGCAAGUUCACCACCAAGUCCAAGAACAACAGCUGGGCGCCCAAGUUCAAUGAGACAUUCCAUUUUAUUCUCGGUAACUUGGACGGGCCGGAGUGCUACGAGCUGCAGGUGUGUGUGAAGGACUACUGCUUCGGCCGCGCGGACCGGGUGGUGGGCGUGGCCGUGCUGCAGCUGCGGGACGUGGUGGAGCGGGGCAGCUGCGCCUGCUGGUGCCCGCUGGGCCGGCAGGUCCACAUGGACGACACGGGCCUGACCGUGCUGAGGAUCCUGUCCCAGCGCACCAACGACGAGGUGGCCAAGGAGUUCGUCAAGCUCAAGUCCGAGACCCGCUCGGCCGAGGAGGGCAGAUGA